GGAGUGAUGUAACGUGAACACACUCCCAGUCUGUGUCUGUCUGCAGAGCUCAGUUAUAUAUUUCAUGAACGGUUGCAGAUUCCACCAUACCUCCACCUGACAUCUUUAACCCUCGUACACCUGAGAUUGAAAUGUCUGCAGUCUACCUCGUCCUGCUGCUGCUCCCUCUGGUGUCAGCACAGACCUAUCAUUGGGGUCCUUGUCCUACUCCCAAGGUGCAGCCCAACUUCAACCUUCCACAGUAUCUGGGUAGGUGGUACGAGAUCGAGAAGCUGCCUGCUUCCUUCGAGAAAGGAAAGUGCAUUGAGGCCAACUAUGCCCUGAGGGAAGAUGGAACCAUUCAGGUCCUGAACUCCCAGUUCUAUAAAGGAAAGGUGAGUGUAGCCCAAGGGACUGCAGUGGUUCAGGACCCGAGAGAACCUGCCAGACUUGGAGUCAGCUUCUCGUAUUUUUCGCCCUACAGCCCUUACUUGGUUGUGAGCACAGACUACACCAGCUUGUCCAUCGUGUACUCCUGCACCAACAUCCUCAACAUUUUUCACGUGGACUUCGCCUGGAUCCUCAGCCGAUCUCGCUUCCCUCCUCCGGAGACCGUGAAAUACGCCAAAGAGCUGCUGACCAAGGAAGGGAUCGAACUGUGUAGGAUGAAGCCCACCGAUCAGAUGGGCUGCCAGGAUAACUAGGGAUUCACCAGGAACUAGUCACAGCCCGGGGCAGGGCUCCAUAUGGAUCAACAUAUCUCAGUAUGGUUUGCUUUGAUUCCCAGUACUUAUCCAGCAUCACCCAGGCCUCAUGUUGUAACUAUUCCUCAUAUUCCUGACAAAAACAAGUUAAAUCUGCUUGGUUUACAGAUAUUAAAACAUUUAACGUGUUUUCAUAUUAUAUUUUAAAUUCUGUAGUAACUGCUCUGUGCUUUAAUGACUGAGGGAAUGGUAUUUUUGUAAACUUAUAAAUAAACACAAUUGCUCAAGAAAUUCACAAGUGGUAUAUUGAAUUGUGAUAUUAGGACAUGUUGCAUAAUGUUACAUAACACAUAGUGUAGCAAUGACACAAGCAUAUUCGUGGUGAUGGUGCAAAUCUUGUGUAGUUCUUUGACUAUUAAAGCUCUAUUCAUUAAGCCG